AUGGUGUGGCAAGAGUGGUGGCCGUAUGACCCUCAGCCUCAGCCACAGACGACGAAUCCCUACCUCGUCAAUUGCGAGAAGGGAAAGGUCUACUGGUGGUGCUCCUGCGGGUUGAGUAAGAACCAGCCGUGGUGCGAUGGCGCUCACAAAGGCACCCCCUUCAAGCCUGUGAUGUACAUCCCGUCCAUCUCGGGGAAGAAGCUGCUGUGCGGCUGCAAGCACAGCGGCGCGAGGCCACUCUGCAACGGCACCCACAUGUGGGUGAAGUGCAACAACAACACUCCGCUGGCGUGCCUCGCCUCGUUCGGUGUGGCGUUCAGCUUCGGCGUCUUCAGCACCUACCUGAUGCAUGGCUAA